AUGUCCCUUGCCUCAGGCCCUGGGCCCGGGUGGUUACUCUUUUCCUUUGGAAUGGGACUGGUCUCGGGGUCAAAGUGUCCAAAUAAUUGUGAGUGUCAAGCCCAGGAAGUGAUCUGCGCAGGAAUCCAGUUAGACGAGUACCCCCCCGACAUACCCCUGAGCACCCGGAAGCUGUACUUGAAUGAUAACCGCAUCACCUUUUUGCCAGCGAUGAGUCUAGGACUCCUCAGUGACCUUGUUUACUUGGACUGUCGGAAUAACCUGAUUGGCGAGUUGAUGGAUUAUACCUUCAUUGGGGUCUUCAAACUUAUCUACCUUGAUCUCAGCUCCAACAACCUAACCUUCAUCUCCCCACACAGUUUCUCCGUGCUCAGCAACUUGGUGCAGCUGAACAUCUCCAACAACCCUCACCUGUUCUCUCUGAACAAGUACACCUUUGCCAACAGCAGCUCUCUAAGGUACCUGGACCUCAGAAACACCGGCUUGCAGACCUUGGACCACAAUGCCUUCCAAAACCUUGUAACACUACAGACCCUGUAUCUGAGUGGAAACCCGUGGAAAUGCAACUGCUCCCUCCUGGACUUCACCAUCUACUUAAUAGUGUCCCAUCUGAACCAUCCAGAUGGUCAGAACGCCACGUGCGUGGAGCCCGCAGAGCUGGCGGGGUGGCCGAUCACGCAGGUGGGGAACCCGCUCCGCUACAUGUGCAUCACGCACCUGGACCACCAGGACUACAUCUUCCUGCUGCUAAUCGGCUUCUGCAUCUUCUCCGCGGGCACAGUGGCCGCCUGGCUCACGGGCAUGUGCGCCGUGCUCUACCAGAACGCCCGGCGCAAGGCGAGCGAGGACGAGGGCGAGGAGGAGCACGGGCAGCGGAUGGACGGCAGCGGGCGCAUCUUCCAAAGCAGGGUGGACUCGGGCCAGGACGGGUUCCCGCCACUGAUUUAG